CUUCGGUGUCCUCGCCUUUUGGACACGAUCUUCGAAACAUAUAUGAGCUCUACACUGUCCAAGGCGACCGUCACGGCGGUAGGACUGCUAAGCAAAGCGUUCCUGAAUGUCGGAUACUGCUCUUCCGUUUCGGUCAAUGGCCUGGACAACCUCCUCGAAGCGUUGAACAGUGAUGAGAGGACUUCCGGGCGUGGCAUUAUUACUGUCGCAAACCAUUUGUCCAUACUCGACGACCCCCUGAUAUGGGGCGUACUCCCGGCCAAAUUUUACCUCGAGUCACAUUUCACUAGAUGGACACUCGGAGCGUCCGACAUCAUGUUCACGAACCCUAUCUUUUCCAUGUUCUUCAGAAACGGGCAGGUUAUUGAGACCUUCCGCGGAAAAGGCAUCUUCCAGCCAGCAGUGGACACAGCCAUCCACAAAUUGAACCAUGGAGCAUGGAUUCAUCUCUUUGGCGAAGGAAAAGUAAAUCAGCCAGCGUUCAAUCCGUCGCACGACUCGCUCAAGCUGCUCAGAUUCAAGUGGGGUGUUGGGAGGAUCUUGAUGGAGACCGCCAAACCACCGGUCAUUAUACCUAUCUGGUUGACAGGCUUCGACAAACUGAUGCCAGAACAGCGCUUGAUACCCUGGAAGUUCUUCCCACGACCGCGUGUCGCCUUGAGCAUCACGUUCGGUGCGCAAGUCGAUACGGACAAGAUGCGUGAUACCUUGGCUCGCAUGAUCCGUGAAGAGCGGCUUCCAGAAGUCCCCCGGACAUCCCAUGGAGGCCUCUCCGAUACGCAUCGCCCCGAGGACGAGAGGAUCAGCGUGCAGAUGACGGGACAUUGGCUUAGGGACGUUUGGAUGAUAAAAGCGGAUGAAUUUGGUGUGCAAGGGCCAGCUAGACUGCACACUGUUCAAAAGGUGGCGAGUAUUCGCAGUGCGUUGACUGCACUUGUGCAGCAGCAGGUGGAGGAGUUGGGAAGAAAAGUGACCAGUGAAAAAGCCGCGUUAUGAUCCUUGUAUCAUUCAUGCCUUCUCACGUAGCGUACGAUUCCGAUCUAAAGUAGCGUAUUCAGGCAAGGCGAAUUGCGAU